UCCUUCUGGUCGCCGAAGAGAAAGAGGCUGGUGAAGCGGAGUGAGACUGAGAGAAAGCACAGGCUUUUUCCCCGCCACUUCCUCUCUCCACAGCUUGAACGAGUAACACAGCGAGGGAGCAAAGCACAAGACCCGGGCAGAAACAGCAUCCCAGCGGCCAUGGCAUACGCGUAUCUCUUCAAAUACAUCAUUAUCGGAGACACGGGAGUGGGGAAAUCAUGUUUAUUACUACAGUUCACAGAUAAGAGGUUUCAACCUGUGCAUGACCUCACUAUUGGUGUAGAAUUUGGAGCAAGAAUGAUCACUAUUGAUGGAAAACAGAUAAAACUUCAAAUCUGGGAUACCGCCGGACAAGAGUCUUUCCGGUCCAUCACUAGGUCCUACUACAGGGGUGCUGCUGGAGCUCUCUUGGUGUAUGAUAUCACAAGAAGGGACACCUUCAACCACUUGACAACCUGGUUAGAAGAUGCACGCCAACAUUCCAACUCCAAUAUGGUCAUCAUGCUCAUUGGAAACAAGAGUGAUUUGGAGUCACGGAGAGAAGUGAAAAAGGAAGAAGGGGAGGCUUUUGCCAGAGAACAUGGUCUUAUCUUUAUGGAAACUUCUGCUAAAACAGCUUCCAAUGUAGAAGAGGCAUUUAUUAACACAGCCAAGGAGAUUUAUGAGAAGAUUCAAGAAGGUGUCUUCGAUAUUAAUAAUGAGGCAAACGGCAUAAAGAUAGGACCCCAGCAUGCUGCAACCAAUGCGACACUUGCAGGCAACCAGGGAGGACAGCAGGCAGGAGGAGGAUGCUGCUGAGCCUUCUAACUUUCUACUUGACUGGUUGGGCCUACUAACCUUUUCUUAACCUCCCCACUCCAGCCCAACCCCUCAAUCCACUCAUUACUAGAUGGCUGUUCAUCAGGAGAGACGCCCAAGUCCUUCACAAUCCCUGUAAAACUUUGAAGUCUGUCUGGGCUCCAGCAGAGAUGGUUAACUUUUGCUUAAAAGACCGGGUUUUGAGGAUUGUAUCCAUAUCUAUUUACAUUUGAUUUCUUGGUCGGUUGUCGUGAUUUAUGUUUUUUUUAUUUUAUUUUUUGUUACGUUGUCUGUGCCCUUUUUGACUUCAAGCUGAAUUGUAUUAAAACACUACAAGGUCAUCUUAGUAUUUUAAUCAGUUUAUGUGGUUAAAGUCCCUGGCUACUGUGGUUACCUGAAGUUCUAAAGAAAAAUGUAGGACUGUAUUAGAGCGGACAGCCAUUUAGUGAAGAAGACAAGAAAGCAGGACUGUUUUAAUUCUGUAUUUAUCAUUCACUUCUGUGUAUAUAGUUAUAAUUACUUGCUCUGGUGUAUAACGACCAAGCUAGAGUUCUUUACUGAAUUUGCUGAAAUUCUAUACUGUACAAUUAGAGCUUGAAACUGCAACAGUAUUGCUAUAGUUCAAAACCUGCUUUGACACAAAUUUUUAAUCCUGUUUGACUAUUUUUUUUGUCUUGCCAUCUGCCUCUCCCUUAUCUCUCCCAUAUCUCUCCCAUAAUCCCCAUACUGCUCAGUGUAUAGCAACAUUGGCUCAAUAUUCUUCAUCUAUUUUAAUGCCAAAUUAUUUUGUUUCUCGGUGUUUUUCAACCACAUCUCCAGAAAUGGAUCACCUCCCCUCCAGAAAUGGAUCAGCUGUUUGCCUUAAAAGAAUUCAGUUAUUUUCAGUUAUACAGCAAAACAAACUAUGUAAUAUUGAUAUAAUGGUAUAUUGUCAGUUUUCAUUUUCAGUUUUAUCUGCAAGACGGUUUUGAGUCCAGAUCAACAUUGAUUUAGAUGUCUUAAGUGGUUGUGUAGAGGUUUGUUUUAUUUGAAAGUUGGUUUUGUUUUAAAGAUACAUGGUGAACAUCUUGUCUAUUGUUAAAGGGGUGUGAUAAGAGCCAAAACUGGAGUAUCUUUGUGACCCUCAACUUUAUUUGCUGUGUUGGUUCUUCUUAAAAUGACAUGUUACAAUAAACAAAUAAAUUCCUGUGGUUCAACAGA